AUGGCAGCGGCCGACGAGGAGCAGCUGCCGCCGCCGCCGCCGCCGCCGCGGCUCCCGGAGCUGUUCGAAGCCAGCAGGCAGCUCCUGGACGAGGUGGAGGUGGCGUCCGAGCCCACGGGCUCACGGGCCGUCCAGGACAAGGUGCUGCGGGGCCUGGCGCUCCUCCAGAAGGCGGCCGACAUGCUGGCGCAGCUCGACCUGUUCCGGCCGCACGCGGCUCUCGAGGAGAUGGCCUCCGCCGACCUCAAGUACCUGGCCGUGCCCGCCUUUCGGGGCGCGCUCGCCAUGAAGCAGGUCCACGCCGGCCGGCGCCUCGACCACCUGCAGCGGGCGCGGGAGCACUUCGUCUCCUACCUCACCCAGUGCCGGCACUUCCGGGUGGCCGACUUCGAGCUGCCGCCGCCGCCGCCGCCCCGGACCGCGGCCUCCGAGGGCCCGCCCGCGCGCCCCGCCAUGGCCGACCCCAGCCUGGUCACCAUGGCGUCCCGGCGGCAGGCCAAGAUCGAGCGCUACCGGCUGCGGGAGGAGGUGGAGGGCCGGCUGGCGGCGCUCCGGGCGGCCGUGGAGAGCGGCCAGGCCGACGAGGAGCGCGUGCGCGAGUACCACGUGCUCCACCUCCGCCGCUGGGUCGGCAUCAGCCUGGAGGAGGUCGAGGGCAUCGACCAGGAGCUCCGGCUCCUCCGCCAGAACGACCCUUCCGGGGAGGCGUCGACGGCGGCCCGCCCGCCGCCGCCCGCCAGGCCGCCCAUGAAGCCCUUCGUUCUCACUCGGAAUGUCGCCCAGGCCCGAGUGUUCGGCGCCGGCUACCCCAGUCUGGCGUCCAUGACGGUGAGCGACUGGUACGAGCAGCAUCGCAGGUGCGGGGCGCUGCCCGGGGCCCCGGGCCGAGCCCACGCCGCGCCGUCCGGGCGCCGGGGAGCCGCUCGGCCCGCCGAGGAAGAGCGGGAAGGAAAGGACGACGACGACGAGGAGGAGGAGGACGACGAGGAGGCGCGGACACGCCGCAGCCGCCGCCGCGCGCGGGAGUGGGACGACUGGAAGGACACGCAUCCGAAGGGCUACGGCAACCGGCAGAACAUGGGUUAG